GCCCUUUGGACUACAAGGGUAUUUCAAAUGAAAGGAUACCCCGAGAUCGUACCGUGAUCAAUCCAUUUGUUACCCUUGCUUGAUUUCGGUGGUUCCAGCGCUGCGCUCAACAGCUUUGCAGAGGCUUUGAUUUUUGUGGUAGGCGACAAAGCAAUAUCUAAUGCGGUGGUAAUGAGGAUCAAUAUCGAGAUCGACGUUUAUAUUGCUCGCUUAAAGCUACAGGCGCGUGCAAUUCAAGGUGAUGGGCACAUGUUCGUGAUCGAACGUGGGGGGUUGCCUUCUCUCCCCGCGGAGACUGGCUGCCUUUCCGUCUGCUUACCCCUUACUUGGAAUCAAAACUGGGAAUCCUCAUCCCGACAGUCGGGAUAUAGGCAAAGCCACCAUAUAUGCCUCGAGUUAGAAGCUCUAGGGCCCCUACAGUUUUAUAUAACAGGUCUCACUUUUGAGUCAAGGCAUCAAUGUCUUGGAUAUAUCCGCCAUUGUGCCCAACAGCGAGCUCGUAUAAUGAUCCCGAGAUUCGCACAAGAAAAAGCAAGCACACUUGAUCUGCGCUACAAAGCCACAAUACGCACAUGCAAGUCCAGAAUAUGUUUCAGAUUUGCCUUUAUCUAGCAUGUCGUGUCCGGCUGAAGAUUGUGACCUAGCG